GACUGAAAUAUAUAUGGAAAGACAUAGCAACGCAAUGUGUAAAUUGCCUCACUACUAUCAGAACAACUUACAGUGUUUGUUUAUAAAGCCAAAGUCAUUUGCGUGUCCGAAGUAGGAGAGGCAGCUGUAUGUGAACAAAACGUCCAAAACAAACCUCUGCUAGGCCGUGGGUUUCAUUCGUGAAUAUUUCUUAACAGAAGAUAUAAAAAAAGUUCCAGGUAGAGCAUUUUGUGGAACUGUCAGCAUAUGUGUGAUGGUUAUACCUGCCUCAGUAUGGUAAAAAUUGAAAUAUUUUAACGGAGCGCCGAUAUGAUAUUGGCCUGAGCAUUGUGUUCAUACAUGGUGUGAAUAAAGCAAAACAAGAAUGGUAAUGCUGCUCUGACCGGAAACAUAUUCUCAGGAAAAAAAAGCAUGAUGCAGUGCAGAAGAACCUCUACCAUGUUGACAGCCAUGUAUAUACAACGUACAUUGGUGCCAUGUCUUAGAAAAAAAGUUUUCACUUGUUCAUUUGUGCAGACAAAGAAGUACAGGAAAAUACUGUACAGUGGCUUUGAUUGUAGUGACACUGUUACCAGAACUAACACAUUCCUUCAUAAAUCCAGAAGUUAUGCAAAAGAUUCAACUUAUGAUUUAGAUAGAAAAAACAAUCUUGAGAUUGUAAUAAUGAUAAGGAAGUGAAAUUAGUGUCAUUUGUUGGUGAGACUUUACCAAGUCAUUUUGAAGAUUCCAAUUGGGAAAAUGAAAUGAAGUUGUUGAAAGAAUUGGAAACAAGAGAUGUACUUGUUCCAUUAAAAGAUGCACAUGAAAUAGAUCUGCUUGCACAAGAAGUUAGACCAGCAUUUAAUCUAGCUGCUUAUAUUAACAGAUCUGCUACACUUCAAGAAAUGGUGAAGCUUGGAGUUGAUAUCAGCAAAUGGGAAAAGAGAAAGGGCAUCAGUUCAUAUAUCUUGAAACUGGACCUGGAGCGUGAUAUGAAGCAGCACUUGGUGUUCCUCCAUCAUCAAGGUUUAAAACCAGAGGAUCUGGGACGCUGGCUCACCAGAAAUCCUCUUAUAUUUCGCGAAAGAAUAGAAGAUCUUGGCUCUCGGAUCAACUAUCUAAGGGCGAUGAAAUUUACCAAUGGGGAAAUUGCACGUUUGAUAUCACGCAAUCCGUAUUGGCUGUUGUUUAGCACUGUUAGAAUUGACAACCGCCUUGGGUUUUUUCAACAUUUGGGUGGCCUUAGUAGAGGUGAAGUUCGUGUCGUCGCAGUGAAAGAGCCUCGACUGAUUACACACAGCCUUCAUCACGUCAAGAGGACAUCCAUUGCUGUUACCGAAGAGAUGGGCUUUAGUAAGAAUGAGAUGAAAAGUCUGAUAUUAUCUACUCCAAAAUUAUGGAUUACUCAUGGGCCGUCACUACUCCGAAGGUUUGAAUAUUUGCACAACGAAAUGGGAUUAUCACACAGCGUACUUGUACAAUUUCCACAGAUUUUACAGUCACGGGAAUUCAGGAUAAAGCAACGUCAUCUCUAUCUGAAGACUCUCGGCCGAGACCAGUAUGAUCCUCACAAACCUAAUUAUGUGUCUCCAGCUUCACUGGUGGAAGGCACUGAUAUCCAUUUUUGUAGUGACAUUGCGAAAAGCACUAUUCAUGAUUACAACAUAUUUCUGAAGACACUUUAAUUCGCUAUUAUUUAUCUCUGUAUAUUUUGUCGCAUGAGUGUAGAUGUAUCUCUUGUAUUUACAUAAAAUUCAGAAUAAAAAGAUCGAACAAUUAUGUACUUGAUAUAACUUCCUUACAUUUAAGUCUGUAGAGAGUGAACUUAUGGAAGUGAAACAAAAGAAACUUAAAUAAGAAGUAUUAAUAAAAGAUAAAACAGGAUUACUCAUGGAUAUUAUGCAAAUUAAUUUCAUUCUAAGUUACGUUACAUUAAAAUUCUAGAGAUUGGUCUUUACAAACCAUCUGCCACGUAAAAUCAUAUGAAGAGGAAGUGAAUAAAUAAAUGUGAUUUUCUCCUUGUACUCAUCUCUUAACCAAAAUAAAUAUUUCAUACGUAA